AUGCCGUCCAUCUUGUUGAUAGGAGUGACCGGGCUCAUUGGAUCCCACCUUGUUCUUGCGCUCAAGGAGAAGCAUCCUGAGUUACCAGUCACCGUACUCGUCCGCAAUAAGACAAUCGACACUUACCUGUCCGAGACCGCCGCUGUGAAGCGCAUUGUCCAUGGCAGCUUUGACGAAAAGGACAAGAUUGUUGCCUUGGCCAAAGAGCAUGACAUCGUCAUCAAUGUAGGCUCAUCGUGGGAUGUGCCGCUCAGCGAGUCCAUCGUCGAAGGCCUGAAACAGCAACCCGAGGGAAAGAAGAGGACUCUCAUUCAUAUGAGUGGCACAGGCAACUUCGUCGACAAGCGGUGGGUCGAUGGGGCAACUCAUGCUGAGGCGAAGGUCUGGGAUGACAACAACCCAGAGGAUAUGAAGCUCAUCAACCCCACGAUGCUCAACGGAGGCCCUGAUACUGUCGUCUUGAACCAUGGUAAGGAUGGCAAGACUGGAACAUACAUCAUCUAUCCUUCAGGGGUCUACGGUGAAGCCGCAGGCCCGAUUCCAGCUCACGGCGUCAUCCAAUUCGUAUACCGCGAGAAGGCAAAGGAGUUGGGCUUCGUGCCCUAUAUCGGCGAGGGAACCGCUGUGUUCAACAGUCUCCACAUCAAAGCCGUCAUACCCUUCGUGCUGCAAGUCCUUGAUCUGGCUCUCAAAGACGCUACGCCACAAGGAUCGGUCUAUGAGCGAUGCUUCUUGAUCGGAGGAACAGAAACAAAGUAUAAGGAUAUUGCAGAGGCUUUCGCCGAGGUACUGUACAACGAAGGCGUCAUUGCGAGUCCGGUGGCCAAGAGCGUCGACCGAAAGGGUGCCGGUGAGGGCGAGCUGCCAAUGCUCAUGUCCAGCGAUAUGCGAUUUGUGUCGAACAGAGCGAAGAAGCUGGGUUACAAGAAUGAGGAAGUCAGCUUGGUGGAGUAUCUGCGCAGCAAAAAGUCAACGAAGUAG